AUGUCAACUUUUCAAGCGCUUAAUGCUCAGUAUCUUUCGUACCUUUUGCAGUACCCAUUGUUGACAAAGUCAAUCACUUCUGGUAUUUUCAGUGGGUUGAAUGAAACGGUUGCGUCAGUCAUCACCAAUGAGUACAGAGAAACCAAAGUUUUAGGCAUCAAGGUCAAACACGUCUUCAGUGAAAAGUUGGUCAAGAUGAUCAUUUAUGGGGCAUUGAUUGCAACACCAAUAAGUCACAACAUGUAUGCUGUCAUCAACAAGAUCUAUAAACCCCCAUUGACAGGAAAGCAAAAGGUUUUGCAGUUAUUGACCAGUUUGCUGACAGUGACGCCAACCAUCUCGGCUUGCUUUGUCGCAUGGAUAGCCAUCAUCAACAACUACAAAUGCACUUCGGGUAACCCAAUUACCGAGUUGAAGAAAAUCUUGUUCAUCGUCAAAGCAGGAUUGAAGAAAGGGUACUUGCCAGUCUUGAAGUCAUCAUUGACAACGUCAUUCUUUGCCUUGUUGGUGGCACAGAAAUUUGUUAGACCUGAGUUGUGGGUUGUGUUUUUCAACUUGGUCUACUUUGUGUUGGGAACUUAUCAAAAUACAAAAUUGAAAAAGUUGCAAAAACAGCAGAGAUUGGCCGAAGCUGAGAAGUUGAAGGAGAUUGAAAAGGAAGGAAAGCAGAAUUGA